AUGGAGGGUCUGUUCUUUAACGUCAACAGCGGCUAUGUUGAGGGCAUUGUCCGAGGAUAUCGGAACAGCCUCCUCACGGGCCAGCACUACAACAACCUGACCCAAUGCGAAACAAUAGAUGAUGUCAAACUCCAGCUCGCCCCCGCAUACGGAGACUUCCUCGCCGCGCUUCCUCCCAACCCCUCUACCUCAGCCCUUGCCGGCAAGAUGACGGAUAAGCUGGUCGCUGAAUUCCGCUAUGUGCUCACCCAGGCCACAGGGUCGACGGCCAGAUUCCUCGAGUACCUGACUUACGGCUAUAUGAUCGAUAACAUUGCUCUUCUUAUCACCGGUACUUUACAUGAGCGUGAUACUCGUGAGCUUCUGGAGCGAUGCCACCCCUUGGGCUGGUUUGAGACUUUGCCCGUACUGUGUGUGGCCACGAACAUCGAGGAACUUUAUAACUCGGUCUUGAUUGAAACACCAUUGGCUGGCUACUUCAAGGGCAGCCUCAGCCACCAGGAUCUGGACGAAUUGAACAUCGAGAUCGUGCGCAACACCCUCUACAAGAACUAUCUCGAGGACUUCUACCAGUUUGUGAACACACACCCAGACUUUAAGGGCACUCCUACACAAGAGGUUAUGUCUGAACUUCUGGAGUUCGAGGCAGACCGCCGUGCAAUCAACAUCACCCUGAACUCGUUCGGGACAGAGCUUUCGAAGCAGGAACGGAGAAAGCUGUACCCGGAGUUUGGUAAACUCUAUCCCGAAGGCUCAUUGAUGCUUUCACGGGCUGACGACCUGGAGUCUGUGUCUCUUGCGGUCAGCAUAUCAGCUGACUACAAGGCCUUCUUUGACGCCGUGGGCCUUACUCAGGGUGCAGGUUUCGGUGGUGGUGCGGAUGGAAAAAGUCUCGAGGACAUGUUCUACCAAAAGGAAAUGGAAAUGUCAAAGGUUGUCUUCACCCGGCAGUUUACCCCGGCGGUAGUCUACGCAUGGAUGAGGUUGAAGGAGCAGGAAAUUCGAAACGUUACAUGGAUCGCGGAGUGCAUUGCGCAGCACCAGAAAGAGCGGAUUGGCAACUUCAUCUCUGUCUUCUAA